AGUCAGGUCACAAGGUCACGCAGGUGUGUUCGAAAAGGAAGUCACAACAACAGUGUUUCGGGAAGUCGCUUUAGUGAUAAAUAGUGUGUCUUCUGUUUUAUUUUGAUGAAUGACUGUUCAAUAAACUUCGAACAUGAAUUUUAAACAUUACUUUACCUUGUUGUGUGUGCUGGUCGCGAUUCAAAUAUGUGUGUCUCAAAAUGUACCAAAUGUAACGGAUCCCGCAGGACAGAGUGGAACCGGGUCGGGUUCACAAACCUUUCAAGAAAAAUCCUCCCUACAAAAGGGCAUGGAUCCCUUCUUUAAGUUGUGCCAUAAUUUUCUACAGUCGGUGAUGCCAAGUAACUUUUACGACGGGAACACACCUUUCAAUGUUAACACGCUGAUUAAAGUGGUCAACAAUAAUAAUUAUGCAUCUAUACAGACAGAUUGGAGAGAUGUGGUCAAGACAUACGGGGGUGUUGCUGCCUGUAUAAUCAUGGGCAUCAUAUUCAUAGUGUUCAUGCCCAUAGUGGGUCUCAUCUAUUGCUGCUGCCACUGCUGCUGUCACAAGUGUGGUGGUACCAAGGAGGAGAAAGACCCGCCCCAUGCUAGCUGCAAGCGUUGGACACUGGUCAUCCUUGUGGCUGUGUUUAGCACUCUGAUACUCGUGGGUGGGGUGAUUACCUUUCUGGGGGGAGAGCUGCUCCAUCGGUCACUGACUGACGAAAACUCUGGCAUGCUGGGUAGACUGGACAACAGUCUUCAGGGAGUGAAGACAUUCGUGAAUGACACUACUGAAGAAGUAGUUGAACAAGCACAGAAGAAGGUUAUUGACGAAGGUCUGAAUAAAGUUUUACCUGAAAUUCAAGGUGCUGCUAACAAGACAGUGGAACAAAUUAAACUCAGCAUUAAUGCUACUAGUCUGUUGAAAAAGGCAAAACUAGUGGGAAGUGCUGCCAAUAGAUCCAAAGAGAACCUUGAAGUUAUACAAGCAGCACUCACUAAUCUCACACAGCUCCAGCAGACCAUUAAUAUGAAAUUGAAUGAUACAAGAACAAAUUUGUCAACUGCAUGCAAUUCGGCUCCAUGUGGCAUUACAAUUCCAACAUUGAAACCUGAUUUCAGUGGGCUGAAAGGCUUUCAAACAGAGCUUAACAAAACUUCAGAAGCCCAGAACAUCACAGAAUUUGUUGAUCAGUCAGCAAAGCAGUUUGACAACGUCAGCUCUGAAGUACUUGACAAUAUACGAACAUAUAUAAAUGAUGCAUCUACCCAGUUGGAAACGAUUAAUAAAACAUUUUCUAAAGAGGUGAAGACAAUAAGUAAUCGAGUUGAUCUUAGUACUCCCCUCUCUGAUGCACAAACCACUAUAAACGACAUGAAAAAAACAACAAAACUUGUCGGUGAUAUCAUCUGGUAUGUGUGUAUUGGCAUGGGCUGUGCUGUCCUUCUUGUGGUUGCCUUUGUCUACCUGGGUCUGCUGUUUGGUCUGUGUGGGGAGAGACCUGGAGACAGGGCAAACUGCUGUAACAGGGGCUCCGCCGCCAACCUGCUCUGCACGAGCAUAUGCUGCAUGUUCUUGUUUGCGUGGAUCCUCAUGAUUGUGGUGCUGGUGACGUUUGCAGCGGGAGGUCUGUCUUACCUGAUGGCCUGUAGAUACAUCAAGGACGGCAUAGAAAAUGUUGGGACUUUUGAGAAAGUUCUCUCAGAUGGUUUUAAGAUCAAUGUCAGCAGUGCCUUGGGCGUUAAGGAUCUUACAAUAGCUGGAAUGUUCAACUCAUGUAAACAUGAUGAACCAGUCUAUAGGGCUCUUCAACUAAAGGAUCUCGUUGACUUCGAUAAAUUAGUCAACAUGUCGGAUAUAAUUGCUAAAGUUGAGAAUAUGACGGUCCCUGAUAAUAAGGUUCCUAACAUCACACUGCUCUCCCCUGAUCUGAAGUCACAGCUGGAAACAUUCAAAAACGCUUCAUUAGGGGAUCUGAACUUCACAGAUUAUGAGUCACAGAUUAAUUCAAAGUUGUUUGGCAAUGAAACUGACCUAACAUCCAUUAUUAAACAAAUCAGGACUCUUAGUGACAAUCAGACACUCCCGGAACCAGACAGAAAAAAAUUCAAUGAAACGGCUGAUGUAUUACAAAGUCUGAUGACCAAUGAAGUAAAAAUGUUAGAAGCAGAAAAGGAUCAUCUUCAGAAAGCCAUGGACCAGAUUGAGGCCGACAACAAAGGCGAGAAAUCUGUCUCUAACUCUAUUCAGGAUUUAAUUGAAGGCAUUCAAAAAUCUCAGGACAAUUUCAAUUCCAAUAAGACGAGCAUUGUGUCGGAGAAUAUGAGAAAGGCCACAGCAUCCAUCAUCAAGCUGAUCAAUCAAACUGUUGAGGGAACCAAACGUUAUGUGACAGAUGAGGUUGGAAAGUGUCGCCCUCUGUAUGAUGCUGCACAAGGUGUGGUGGACGCAGCCUGUGUGACAACACUGGACCCAUUUAACUUGAUCUGGUUUGGUCUUGGCUGGUCCCUGUUCUUCUACAUCCCCACGUUCAUCUGUGCCGCCCUGUUGGCAAACCUGUACAAGAGACGUAGCCCAUAUGAGAAGGAGAGGAGCUUUGAUGAUAGGUACAGAUCUGGUCAAUCUGACAUACCCCCGGCUGGUCAGUAAUAUGUGUUCUUCUGUUCCUGCCC